UGGAUUGACUAUCAACCAGAAUUUUUCAUCUUUCGAUUUGUUUACCUUUUUAUCCUCAUCUUUUUGUCAUAUUGUCAUUUCUUCAACUUUAAAUGAAAAUUUGUCCGUCAAAAUGUUCAUAUUUUAAUUAUUAACAGUUAGUUAAUUUUAAGCAAAUUGUUUUCUCAUUUCCCUUUCAACCAUUUGGUGUUGGUCAUUUACUCGUUGGUCAAUUUAGUUUGAUGACAUUAUGAUUCGUAUAAAACCUGAGGAUAUUUUGGAAGGAUUUAAGAUUAAUUGGAUGAAUCUUCGUGAUGCAAGAAACGGUGAAAUCCUAUGGGAAUCUAAGGAAGAUUUAUCCAAACCCAAUCGUGAACAUGAAGCCAAGGUGCCAAAGGAAAUAUUAAAAUGUCGAGCUGUUUCCAGGGAAAUCAAUUUCUCAUCGAUUCAGCCGAUGGAGAAAUUAAGAUUAGAGCAGAAAGUCCUGUUCCAAGGGAAAUGUUUAGAGGAAUGGUAUUUUGUCUUUGGCUAUGUAAUACCCAAUUCUACCAAUACUUGGCAAUCGUUAAUUGAAGCAGCUCCGGAAUCGCAAAUGAUGCCUGCCGAUGUCCUCAACGGUAAUCUAUUUAUCGAGACUAAAUUUUUUGAUGACAAUCUAUUACUUAGCACAUCUCGAGUUCGUUUGUAUUAUGUUUAAAUUGUACCAACAAUUAAUUUCUAAUCACAAUUCAAAUCUUCAAUCAUAAUCAUUUAAUCAAUUGCAAAUACUUCAUCACUUUAAUUGACCAAUAUCACAAUACAACAAUUAACUGGAUUGAUCCUGUUGUCUUUUUUUAAACAUCAUCAUCAACUGAUUGUUAAUUACUGAUCAAACAUAUCAAAUUGUCACUAAUCAUGUUUCAUUAAUUUUCCUACACUUUCCGUCCAAUUUUAAUUGUGUAAAAUUUUCAAUCAGAUCAACUAAUUGUUUACAACAAAUUUAAACUCAAUGAUUUAUCUUUUAUCAAAAAUAAUUAACCAAUCGUAAAGAUCAUUUUAAAUCAUCGAGCACAAUUUCAAAUUCAAUCCAUCACCAUUACUUAUUUGAUUUGACAAUUAAAUCCUUAAACAAUUAACUAACUAAUCGUACUGAUUGAUUGAUUUUCUCGGAUCAAAUUUACUAUUAAUAGUUAAUUGUCAACAAUUAACUGUAAGAUAAUCAAAUGAAAACAGCUCCACC